UAAUUCUAAGUUCAACUAAAGGGAGUUUUUCUUUUCUGUCUUUUUAAACUAAAAAACAUCCACGACCUAGUUUCGUUUCGUCAUUUUCUCUCCCGAUUUUCAAACAACUUUAGUCAUGGCGCUGUAAUUGAAAAUGUAGUUUCUGUGAAGUUAACCAACAUUAAUAAUUCUAACAUUUGGUCGUGUCUCGACAGGACACGAUUGAAGUAUGAGUUCGGAAGCGACUCUAAGUUCCACGAGCAAGGUUCAAGUAGCUGCAGAUAUUGUAACAGAGUUCCUGGAAGUUGCCAUCCAUUGCAUUCUCCACCACCGAGAUCUUUACCCUGCAGGAGUGUUUGAGACACGGAAGAAGUACAAUGUCCCCGUACAGAUGUGUCUUCAUCCCGAUGUCAUCCAGUACAUUACCAAUAUUCUCGAAAGUAUCAAAUUACUGUUGGAAGCACAGGAAGUUAACCGAGUGGGACUGGUCAUUCUGGACUCAAAACAGACCCCGAUAGAACGUUUUGUCUUUGAAAUUGCUUAUCCUUCCCUCUUAUCAGGCUUUGGUUGUGAUAUUCUACUGACCGAGUUGGAGCAAUCCCUAAGGGCAUUCCUGUUGAAAAUAAAUGUCUGUGAUGCACUGCUGAAACCGCUUCCUCAAGAUGUCUCCUGGGUUAUCCAUAUUCAUACCAGUGACUCUGCCAUGUUAAGACUGGAAGAAAAACAGAUUCUAAAGAAUUUUCCUUGGAUUGAAGCUGAAGAAAAGCAGAAAACCAUGUCCAAUUCGUCGCUGGUGCCAAUGAAGACUGUGAAUUCAGAUAUUGUGAAGAUGCAAUUAUUUGUUGAGGAGAGUUCUUUGAAACGGAAGCUGGACACUUGAGGAAUAAAUACCAAGCGAAUUGUUGUAUUUUCUCUUCAAACAGAAGAAAGACCAUUUGCUGAUGUGUGUGUGUGUGUGUGUGCGCAUGUUGUUGUUGUUGUUGUUGGGUUAGCGUCUUUGUACAAAAGCUUUGUCAUUGGAUAACACAUGCUUGUUGUUGUUGCUGUUGUUAAAGUGUGAUUUCAAAACAAAAAAGAAACCCUCCCCCUCCAACUGACUUUAUAUCACAGUAAUCAGUGAAAUCAUUUUAGUCUGGGACUAAAUCACUUCGAAGCCGUCUUCUGUGAGAGAACAAACGAACAAGAAACUUCAUUAAUUUUGCCAUGUUGAUUCAGACGUGUUACCAAGAACAAAUUUACAAGAGUACAAAAAUACAGAAAGCUAAGAGGAGACGGCAUUGUAUUUCUAAACCAAUAACCAGUUUCUGGAGGCCCAGAAUUACAUGAUAGUAGCCAUGUGCUUAAUUGGCAGAUGGAUGUGUAGAAACAACUCCAGGAUAUUUAUAUAAAUACUAUUACUAAAUUAUGGUACACAUAGA